AUGGGGGCGCUGCGGCGGCUGAACCAGGCGCUGGCCCGGGGCUUCUGGGCCACGGCGCUGCGGCGCCUCGCGGAAGCGCGGGGGCGGCAGCUGCGGCUCAGCGCGGUGAGUUUCAACUCGGUGCAGCGGCGGGCGCCAUGGCGCCGGAGCUUGGAGCUGCUGCGGGAGAUGCGACGCAGGUCGCUUUUGCCGGACGCCUUUGGCGUCAGCUCUGCGUGCGGAAGGCUUCCAGCAGAGGCUUGGUUUUGGUCGCUGAGUCUGCUGGAUGUGCUCGAGACCACCGGAGAGAAGGCGGACGUGGUGCUGCUCAGCGCCUGCGCCCCACGGCCGCCGGGCGCCUGGCCCGCGGCAGUGGCGCUGCUGGCGGCGGCGCUGCGCCGCGGCCUGCGGCGCGACGCGGCGCUGCACCGGGCGGCGCUGGCGCCGGUGAGGCGCGCGCCCUGGCGAAGGGCGCUGGAGCUGCUGCGGGCCAUGCCGCAGGCGCGGCUGCGUCUGAGCCUCCGCGUGGCCAGCGGCACUUUGGGCGCUGUCGACUCCUGGCGCCGCGGCCUGGCGCUGAGGGCGGCGCUGGUGGCUGGAGGCGUCGGCUGGGAUGCCGUGGCGGGGAACCUGGUGGCGGGCUGUUCCGGCGCGGGCUCCUGGGCUUGGGCCGUGCAGUGCCUGGCCGGCGCGGUCUGGGACGAGGUGAGCUUUGGCAUCGCUCUGGAUUGCUGUGCCCAAGGCCGCCUCUGGUCAGAGGCGGCGGGCCUCUGCGUGCGGCUGCGGCAGCGCGGAAAAGCGCCAAGGGCCGGAGCCUUUGGGGCAGCGGCGGCGCAGCGGUGGGCUGAGGCCAUCUCGCUGUUGCGGUGGCUGGCCCUUGGCCGCGUGGAAGGCGGGAUCGGUAGUGUGGCGUUGCGCAGCCACUCCCGGCCGGAGCAGGCCACCUUCUCCUCGCAGAACCGCAUGCAGCUGCGCCCGGAAGGAACCUACCAGCCCUCGCCGAAACGCCCGCAGCUGCGCUUCGUGCUGUCCCCGGCACGCAUCAGGCCUGGCCAGCAGCGCACGGAGGAGGGCGCGGAGGUGCGGCAUAGGCUCAAGAAGUCCCAGGCGCCAGAGGAGUUGCUGGGAUGCUUCGAAGUGGCACUGCAGGAGGGCGUGGUGGACGCCAGCGUGGUGGGGGCCGCUUUGCAGCGCUGCGGCCAUAGCUUGUGGUGGAAGGCCCUGCUGGAGGUCUAUGACGCCAAGGAGCACUUGGGCAUUCGCCUCUCCUGCAUGGAGCAGAGCAUCGUCUUCUCGGCUCUGGCCUCCUGCGUGCGUCCCCACGUGCUCACGGAGCCGCGGCGCCGACGGGCCCUGGAGAUCGCACGGGAGGUGUGGAAGGAGGCGGUGCCGGAGGCGGACCCGGACUUCAACUGUGUGCUGAGCUCCGCGCUGAAGCUCUGCUUCCAGCUCCGCAGCGAGGAGGCCACGCAGUGGGCGGAAACGCUCUGGGAGUGGUCGGAGGGGGAGAUCUUCCAGAAGUCCAUCGUCACCUACAGCUCCUGGCUCCUGCUCUUGGAGCGCCUGCAGCGCCGCGACAAGGUGGACGUGAUGCUGUCGAAGGUGCUGCAGGGGGACGUCCGUCCCAACGCGGUGCUGCUGGGUGGGCUGCUGAACAUCGCCGCGGAGCUUAGGGACUGGCGCCGCGCGGAUGCGCUGUGGCAGCUGGGCAAGACGCGGCACGUGAAGGUCAACGGCCUGGCCCACGCCGCCUACGCCAAGGCCCACUUCCUCUCCGGCCGCCCGGGCGCGGGGCUGGAGAUCCUGCACCGCAUGGUAGCCUCCGGCGCGGGGGAGGACUACCAGGACUACCGCUACGCCGUGGACUUUUUGCAGAUGCAGGUGGUGGUCUGCCACUCCGCGCCGAGCCCCGCGAACUUGGCGCGGCUCCGCGGCUUCCUGCCCAAAGGCCGCGGGCUGCUGGGCGCGUGCCCGGGCUCGGGGCUGCAGUGCUGGGAGCGCUUGGAGCAGGUGGCGCAGAGGCUGCUGGCCCAGCCCAGCUCAGUGUCCUUUGAGGAGGUGCUGGUGACGUGGCCGGCGCAGCGGGACAGCGUCAUGAAGGACUGGCAGGCUCCGGAUACCUCUGGGACUUCGCUGCCCCCUGACGGACGAAGAAACGAAAGCGGCCAACGUGCUGCGAACCACGAACCGCUCCGCCGCGCGCCGGGCGCGCAGAGGUCUUUGCUGCACGAGCCAGACCUUGCCAUGCUGAAUGCCGCCAUAGCAGCAGGCCAGCGCGGCCAAGCUUGGAUCCAGUGCCUUGAGCUCCUGCGUGCAGGUGUCCAGCCGGACGCCGUGUCUCGCAACAGCGCCGGCGCGGCGCUGGCGGCCGCGGGCAGGUGGCGGAAGGCCAUGGCGUUGAAGGGCGACACCUGCACGGAGGUGACACUUGGCGUGUUGGGCCGAGCUUGCCGGGAAGCCCAGGCGAGCUGCGGGGCUCUUGGCGGCGUGCCUGGGGCGCGGCGCCCGGGGCAACUUGGGGAUGAGAUGGCUCCGACUUGGGCUUCAGUCCUGCAGAGCCAAAUGUUCCACAAAGUGUCCAUCAACCUCAAGCAGGGGCCGCACUUGUUGCAAGUCGCCGACCCUUCCUCUCAGCAGCUGGCUCGAGCCGCGGCUUCGCUUGGAAUUGGCUCGGCGCCAUGCGCCAACUGCGCCGUGGAAGGCGCGGCGUGGCGCUGGGCGUGUUCGCCUGGCUUGGGGCUCUGCGGCUCGCCUGCCUGGGCUUUGUGGGGUGUCAGCCUCGACCGCCAAGGUCCCGAGCUAGACUUGUUGCGCCAGCUGGAGGGACUGAAGCGAGCCUGGACGAGCGGGAUGUCGACUUCGUGGAGCGCCUGCGGGGCCUGGCGGCGGAGGUGCUGGCGCUACCGAACCUCACGGCCCUCGAGCGCCUCGUCUGGGCGACCUCGCUGCGCCUGGACGCCGUGCCCGUGCAGGAGCGGAUUGGUGCGGCCUGAGAGGUUUGGACAGUGGCGAGAUGGUGUCAAGGAGCUGCCCCCGUGGUUUUGGGAGCGCCAGAACAUCACCCGCCGGCCCCCAGGCGUCGAUUUGCUGAGCCUGGACGGCCGCCGCGCCAUCUGGUGCUGUGCAGAGGCAGUGCAGUUCGAGCCGGUGAGGCGAUUUCUGCGGCUGGCGCGGUGGGUCUACAAGGCCACGGAGUGCGUGGUGGUGACGAGCAGCCCCGACGUGCUGUCAGCGCAGUCCAAGUCGUGGCUCCUCAGAUCCAAGGCGAAGCGAAAGACCUUGCCUGCCACAGCUCCACGUCGGUCUGCGAGGCUUCUCAGCCAGGCCGCGCAAGAGACGCGCACAGAUGCUUCAGACCCCCCGCUGCGGCCGUGCCAGCGGGACUGCCUGGAGGCUUGUGCGAAGGGCGCCCGGGUCAUCGAGAUGGCAUGCGGCACGGGCAAGACGCGGGUCAUGAAGGAGUUGGUGCGGAACAUCGCAGGGAGGGUUCUGGUUACGGUGCCUUUGCGUGCGCUGCUGGAACAGUUUGCGGAGGAUUUCCCCGACUUUUGCAAGGUUGGCACGGGCUAUAACCAGGACAUUGACUUUGCAGCCAAAGGGUUCCUUGCAGUGACGGACUCGGUUCGUAUGCUGAAGGGGUUGGAGUUUGAUGCCAUUUUUGUGGAUGAAGCUCACCACCCACUGCCUGCAGGAUUUCCCAAGAGUCAAGUUGUAUAUCGCUUCUCUGCCACCCAUCGUGAUGAGCCAGACUUUCGCUACAGCAUGGGCCAGGCCAUGGAGGACAGAAUCCUCUGUGAUUAUGACCUCAUUGUGCCCGUUGUGACGCCCCAGCACGGCCACACCUUUUUGAGCUUGGCGGGUCUGCUUUUGAAGCAAGCCGGGCGCUUUAGGAGGGUUCUCGCUUACUGCAACUCGGUACGGGAAGCCAAGAGCUUCCGGAUGGUGCUCCGGAAGCUCGGCAUGGCUGCUUGGCACAUGAACGGCGGCACGCCAGCAAAGAAACGGCAGGACAUUUUAGAGCGGUUUUCUAGUGCCUUGCAAGCACCUGUCAAUGUGCUGGUGACCGUUGAGGUGCUCGGGGAGGGCAUCAACAUCCCCAACGCAGACACCUGCAUGUUUGUAGAACCGCGAGGCAGCUACCGGAGCAUCGUGCAGGCACUGGGCCGAGUGCUGCGGCCUCAUCCUGCCAAGCCACUUGCGCACAUCGUUUUGCCCGCAGUUGCCCUGACUCAAAAUCUGAAACGUGAUUCGCUUCCGCCGGCAUUCAUUGGCCGGAACGCCCCUGCACUUUACACCAGCGCAGGUUUGCUUGACCCAAGUGGCACUGAUAGUGCUCGCCGCCCUGCGCAGAAUGGAUGGGCUGCUCAGGGUGAUCAGAAGCCAUUCACGCAUCAAGUAGACGAUGGGCUUGCCACCCUUUCUAGGCGGAUGCAAGGUGAUGGUGACGAGUACCUUCUCCACGAAAAACAGGGCCAAGAGGACAAGCGGUUCUUGCGUUCAAAACGUGCCCAAACUUGGCAAUCCAGCACCCUUGUGGAGAUCAGUGAAAAUGGUGCGCCACAACCCGACACCAGCACUGCUGAGCAAAUUGCUGCACGCAGCAGUAGUCGCUUUCCAGACAUGGUUGCAGCUAGUGCAGUUGAUGCGCGCACGGUGGUUUCUGCUGGCCACGUUGCAAUCCCGAAUUGGGGCACUGCAGCCGCAGUGUCUCACCUUGCUGCUGAGGGGCCUCCGGCCAUGGUUGCAAGACCCGAAGCUGCAAAUAGGCAUGCCAAUUGUGCGUCAAACAAUGCUGCCGGACAUGAAUUCCAGACAAAUUCCUCCAAUGCUAUGACCGAUGGUGCUCCCAGACCUGCAGAUGUUGCAUUUUCAACGGCCGUAGAUGAUGGCGGCAUGAGAAGGAAAGGCGGCAAGAUAAACGGAGGAGCAGCUGCUGUGCAGCCUGAUUUGAAGUUUGACAGCCCAAGCGCCAUUGCCAAGGCUGUGGGCUACCCGACUGACGCUGCCAUAAGGAUGCAGCCCAUCCCAGGAGGCCGCCACGGGUGUCAACAGCUGGAGGCAGAGCGGAGGGCUUCUCAGUGUACAGGCCAGCAGCGUUUCACUCAUGUGCGCAAAGCAAAUCUUGGAAAUGGAUUCCGCAGCCAACUGCAGAGGUUUUUUGCUGCUUUGGUCCAGGCAGAUCAUCGCUUGCUCGGGCCGGGGCAAGCGUUUGGGCAUCGUGUCCAAGUUGUCGACUGCACGACGGCCCUGUGCUAUGGGCUGAAUGUGGACGAAGUCACCCGCGCAGUCCAUGCUGAGCUGGCAGAAGUGCUCCGCAACCAAGACGCGUGGCAAGCUCGUUUCGCAGAUGUGUUGCGUUUUGCUUCCGUUUUUGGCAGGCUCCCAAAAGAGACAGCCCAGCACAGUGAGGAGAGGUCGCUGGCUUUUUGGCUUGCCACGCAAGGCACGCGCCUUCGUGCCAACCGAAUGCUGCCUCACAGGUUCCACCAACUGCUCAAUGCAUCAUCUCAUUUGCUGCGUGAACGUGUGCAAGGGUGGUUGGAGCUGGGCCAGGCUUUCGAGCAGAAAUGCCAGGCGCUGCGAGAACACAUUGAGGCCACUGGCUCAUUGCCUCAGCGCUUAGAGAAGACAGGAAGUCGACACAAGCUGGCCACGUGGCUGUAUAGACAAAGUCGAUUAAACCUCUCAACUUACCGCAGGAAAAUGCUGGAGGGCAUUCAUCCCUUGGUGAGAAAAAUGCUGCGCAGACUGGCAAAGAAGCCACUGCGGAUGAACGCGAAACUCUGGCAGCGGCGGCGGCGUGAGCUACUUGAGUUUGUUUCGAAGGAAGGACAUCUGCCAAGCGAGUUCCAAGACAGCGCGCUGUUUUACUGGCUGAAGUUUCAGCACCUCCGGCUCCGGCGCGGGCAGUUGCCAGCGGAGUGGGCACUUGAACUUCAGAGCUCCCAUCCGCUUAUUGCCGAGCAUUUGCAGAGGCAGCCUCGAAACACAAAGGCGAUUGGCUAG